CUACCUCUCGCACAUCUCGGUUGGUUUUCCAUGUGAUUUUCUGAGUAGGUGCAUGUGUGUUGCUGCUGUUGCCGUACUAAUUCCUCCAACGCGGCUAACUCUACAAAGCCGGCAGUGCGAUAGUAACACGCACAGACCUGCCGGAAAAUCACAAACCAUCGUGAAAAUUGCAUGCAAAUCGAAUCGGUGCGCUAAAACCGUCUGUAAAGUGGUCCCAGAAACACGUGGACGGUAUCGUCAAAGUUCCCGCACCGUGUGUGUAGGACCCCAGUGUGUGUAGAUGUGUGCGAAGCAGACACCGUACAGCAUCAAGUGUGGAAAAGAGCAUGAAUGGUGGUGAAAAUUGUGCGCCCAAUAGCGAACGAUUUCCGGCGAAGAAGCAACGGUGUCCCAUCGUUCCACCGUGGUUCGGCGAGACGGGAUAAAUGUGUUGGCAUCCGGUUUUGAAUGCGCUCCCCCACUGAAAACGCCGGGAGCCUUCGUGUGUAUGUUGUAGUCAACGUAUAUAACACAAUCGGGUGUAGCUUAGCUUAGAUCAUUCGAGAUCUCGGUUCUGAGAGCAAUCUUUCAGAACCGAGACGUUCAUUACACCGGUGUUUGAUUGUUGGUAUAUCGUAAAAAAAAAGUAAGUGACAGAGUUUCGGGAGAACAGGGAGCCGACUUGCUGUCCGGUGCAGCAAGUGCACACGGGGAAGUGUGAGAUAUUACAAUCUCACACCUACACAAACCACACACUCAAAACCAGCAAAGAGGAGGUGUUCGGCCCGAAAUUGAGCGGAAAUCAUGAUCAAUCUCUCCACAUCGACAGCGGCACAUGCUUACGCUUGUCGUACCACCGGAAGCGGUAUGGUGGUCAGUAGGGAUGUGUCCAAUAGUAGAAGCUCCCGCUCCCUUCGCCACACUGUUGGAACUACGGACGGCGUGGGCACUGACAGUGUGAUAGGCACUGGCGGUGGUCUAGAUAUGCUCGGCCCAGGAUAUGCCAACAUUAAUGGCUUCCGAAAUAAUCGAUUUCAGUACGAAAUACCCACGGUCGGGCAGCACUAUGGGAAUGCAUUUCACUUGGGCGAGGACGAUGAAGAGGUGUCCGAUUUGUUCAUCGAGCAUCACCAUCUCACAGAAACGGACGUGCAGACCAUCAUGGAGGAACACAUUGCAGAAGACGAUGAUGAUGAUGAAGACGUGGAAAUGUCUGCCGCGGUGGAGGUGAUAUCGAUUGAUCCGAAUUGUGAUUAUGAUACGGAUGAGGAAGACGAUGAAAAUGGUGAAGAAGACCAGUAUGAGAAUAGAAUACAUGUGCAAAAUGUUCAAGAUAAUGAAAUCGAGGAGGAGGAGGAGGAGGAGAAUGAGGAUGAGGAGGAGACACAAGAAGUUGGGACAAAUGUCUUUACGCAGUCACGUAGCAGUGCUUUGUCAGAUGCACAGAGCGAAGCAGAGUGCGAUGGGCACGUGAAUGCAUUGCAUUGUCAAAUAGUGGAGGAAACGGUAGUCACUGGCGACCGUAGCAGAAGUAGAAAUUGUAGCAAUACGGACGCCUCCUCCAGCUCCACUAGCAGCUCUAGUCGUGACAGUAGCACUAGCAGUACGUACAGCAAUGCUAAUAUUGCAGAUAGCAACAAUCCAACUAUUUGCUCCAAUCAAUCUACGGUAAAGCCAGAUAAACCCGAAACAAUAUCCCAAAACCACCAAGACUCGUACCAUUCCUAUAAAGACAUAUACGAGGAUGAGGAUGACAAUGACGACGACGAAGAGGAUGAUGAGGAGGAUGAUGAUCCAGAUUUAGACUUUAGUCCUACGAAAAAUACGCUUUGGGAGCUUCCGGCGAAGCUGCUGCAGGAUAAGUCGGGCUCAAAGAAAUCGAAAACAAAACCGCCCGGGCGCCGGAAACGUUGCUCCUCUAGUCAACGGCAAUCUUUCUCGAUGCCGCAGUCGCCGGUUGGUGCCGGGACGCUUAAUAAUGGCGGUGCUGUAGCUGGACUGCUGCCAACCAGCUUGAGCUUUGACGAUCUAGAUUCGCUCGUUUGCGAUCUGAGUCCAACUAAGAUUUUACCAGUAGGCAGAGUUUCGAACAACGAGCUAGAGGCUGGCGAUGAGGAGGAUUUACUAGACGAUCAAUUAGUCGAUCCGGAAAAUUUUGAUUUGACCGCUUAUAUUACAGGAGAUGAUUCGACCUCGUGCGAUACCAACUCGGAACCUUUCACAGCGUGCGAAAGCAAAGCGACCACCAAGAGCGGUGUCGAAGGUACACAGCGUACUGUUGCUCAGCUAAAAUCUCCUCCAAAACGUUCCCUACCAAAAUCCCGUGGCAAAGAACUAAAGGUUCUGCGCCAGCUGAUGCUUCCACGUCCGCCCGUCCAGGCGACAAAUGCGAACGGAAAAAAGGACGAAGCAGUAUCGAAUGGGAAACGUGAUAGCGCAACAAAAGCGGUGCGGAAGCUAACGAUGGACGAGGAGGAAAGCAGUGAGGCGGAGGAAGAGGAUAUAGCACAAAGAAACAGCCAACGGCCCGAUAAAAGAGAGGAGUUGAGUGGAAUACGAAGAGGUCGCAAAAGGAAGGCAGCAGAUGAUACCGACAAGGAUCCUACCUGGAAUCCGAACGGUGGAAGUAGCAAAUCAAAAACUGAAGUCAAACAAUCGAUUCAUAAACAGGCAAUAACAAACAACGUAGUGGUUGGCGAAGAUGCGGUAGCGGCCUCCAACGUUCCAACCGGUUCUAGUAAAGUAGCAGGUACUAGCGCCAAUCAGUGUACAAGCAGCAGUGAAGAGGGGGAUACAAGCGUAUCAAAACCUUCUUCGAUGGUGACGAAGGGAGUUAAAUUUGGACAGGUGAUUAAGACUGAAUCUUCUGCUGCCAGGUUGCUGCCGGUCAGUUUGUCCAAAAAAUCUCUCACCAACACUCCCCAGAAGGAUUCCGCCGUUAAAACAAUGGCCCGUGAACAGCAAGCUCAAACUAAUAAUGUUCAUCGCAAGAAGACAAACGUUAAACUUGAUCACGACUAUUGUUCACCAAAACGGCACGGCACAUCUGGUAGCAAUAUUCCGGGCACUCUCGGUGGACAGCUGCGCAAAACGAUUGAGAUACCUUUUCUGAUGCCGAUGAAAGAGCAGCUGAAACAGGAGCGCAAAUUGCAAAAGGAAAAGAAACGUGUCGAACAAUCAGUGCCAGCAAAAAAGCAUCCGUCACAGUUGGGUGCUGUGUCCACCUCAUCUGAUAAUAAUGGUAAAGAUAAGCAAGCUCAACCGCACCAUCGAAGCUGCAACGGCAAAGACAGCGUUAGUCCGACGAAUAGUGUGCAGAAGAUAGCAUCGCCUAACGCCAUCCCUCCGGUAUCCGAUGGCGGCGAGCAUUUGCUAUCCGCAGUGAAUGCUAAACGAACUGAUGUAGAUAAAACGUGUGUAAAUAGGAUUGUCACCGGUAGCAGUGAUAGCAGUGGCGCUAAUGAAACGAGUCACCCGGACGAGAGUGCUGGUGAGGUGAAGAAGUUUGCAAUUCCAAAUACUACCGUUGGUGGUGGUGUUGGUGGUGUUAAACGGCAGAUUUCACUACUGAAGGUAAAUCAACCAACAGCCGCCCUCGCGAAACCAGCCGAUGAUGGAGCCGCUAGUCAUGUGAGCGCCAGUUCACAGGUGAAAAUUGGUGAUACGACGAUAAGCGGUAGCAUUUCAGCAGCACUGGAUGGAGCAACAAACCGAGCCGUUGAAGGGGGAAGCGUUAAAAAAGAAACGCUUGCGAUUCCCGAACCAACGACGCCUGAGGUGGAAGUGUCUAACAAAACAAGUGAAGUGGUAGUGCGUAAAAAGCUUAAUCUCCAGGAGUACAAAAAGCGCCGCGAACAUCCGGCUUCGAUGGUAUUGGAAAGUGCACCAAAGGUUAACGAUAGCUUCCAGCGGCCACCAGUCAGGAGCGAUAGGCAUAAUGAUAGUGCGGUCAAUUCUACAAGCGGGUAUAGCAACGGUACGUUGCCGGUGUCAAAUGCUGUUAGCGUGUUAGCCAAAACGGAACCUACGGUAGCCAAACCAGACCAGCCGCUACCGACGAAGCCCAGUAAGCCCGCAGUGGCUGCAUCGGAACCGCUGGAUCCCAUUUCGGCCGCAAAAAUGAAAGCUCUGCGCAUGCAGCAGCUAAAGAAGGAAGCUGCAAUCAAAUCGAACGAAGCGAAAUUGAGCCAAAAAACGAUUCCGCUAAUGCCGAUCGUACCGCUGGCACAGAUCACUUCCCUUGAGUUCGACGAGCAUGGCAAUCCGCUGCCGUUGAAUGAAGCAAAGGCAGGAAAACCGGGUGCGGGCACUGCCGGGCACCAUGAUGCGCUCAAAUUGCAUCCAGAUUACGAGGAAAUAAUUAUCGUGUCGAUCGGUUGCAAUACAGCACUCACGAUAUCGCCGGCUGAAAAGGGUGUGGAUGCCUUGGUACACGCACCGCAGUGUAAUUUCGAGGAUGGUGGUCAGCAGCAGCAGCAGCACCAGCAGGCACACAAUAAUCCGCAUGCUUUGUGCAGCUCUAAUAAAGAAGCCUCACGCUUGCUGAACAUAUCGGAUACGAUUAAGAGAUGUUGUCCCUCGGUCGAUACCAUGCCGGGCAAUUCGCUCAUAGCGAGCAUACAGGAGGUGGUGAUAAAAAAAUCAAACAUUUGCUCAUCCAACCAUGCAAAUGGUGCUGGUGGUGGUGUAAAUGCGACAACAUCGUCGCAAACUGUAUUGGUCGGCGAUGAAGCGUCCGUUGCAGAGAGAGCGGUAACGCUUAAAGCCGAAGCAAUGUCGGUUGGUGCGGUCUGCAACGGCACGGACGGAGGAAGAACACACGAGCAGCAACAGCAACAGUACCUGCUACACCAGAGCUCUCCCUACGUGGGUGUCUCGCCUCCUAGUUCCUUCUCCCCAGGCAAGCCGGAACGAGCACACAUCUCGAACACUCGGAACGGUGAAUAUCUUGUGUACAGUCCGAGCAAACAAAGCCGCAGCUCAAAGACGAACGUAGAUGAGACGAAAACGAUGCGUUCUUUACCUGUUACCAUGGCGGCGCAGACGACAGCGACCGACAAUGCAGCCGCCGUGGUGGUAGAGCACGGCGAAGACAAAGUAAUCAUGCAUUUGCGAAAAGAUCGCGUGCGCACGCAGCGCGUCGAUGCAGCGACGCAAACCGAGCCAUCCGGUCGGUUUCCUCCGUUGUGCAAACUUGCCCCAUUGAAGGUGGUAUCGGCUGGUGGUGGUGGUGAAAACAAGAAGGUUUCUGUUGCUACACAUCGCGAGCAAAAGCGCACCGAACGCCGUUCCUACCGUCGGCAUCGCCGCAGAAAUCGCAGCGAAUCGCCCUCUGAUGCAGAUUCCGAUGCAACCGAUCGACCACCGUGCAGCCGAUCGAAGUCGCACCAGGACCGGCAUCGGGCGUGGGAUCGCCAUAGUCGCAGUCGCAGCCGUAGCCGCAGUCGACACCGUUCCUCGCGACGUCGAUCUUCGUGCUCGUCUGGCUCACGUUCGCGCUCACGAAGCGGCUACUCGGCCCGCGUGCAUCCCAACCAUCACAGCCAGCACCAGCCGACGAGUAUCGCCGGGAGUGGCGGCAGCGGGUGCAACAACGGCAGUCGCUAUUCGCGCAGUCGUCGAAAAUCGCGCACGUGCUCGAGGUCUUCCUCCUCGACGUCAUCAUCGUGGUACGGUAGCCGGGGUCGCCGCUCGCUGUCGUCCUCGUCAUCGUGCAGUUCGAUGUCUUCUUCCGACGCGUCGGACGGAGACUUUUCGCGCCGUGGCGGUGACGGUGGCCAUGGUGGUGGUGCGUCGCGCUCUUCCCGCAGCCGGUCACGUUCGCCGCGAUCACGUUCCCGUUCGGGCAUGCGUUCGAGUACGCCGGAUCGGCAACGAUACCACCCGCGAGACCAUGCCAAUCAGCGUCGGGCGAUCUCACCAGAGCGUAAUAUCGUGUACGUCGGUCGGUUGGAAAGCACCACACGUAAAGAAGAUUUACAGCAGAAAUUCCAACCGUACGGUAAAAUCGUCAAAAUUACUUUGCACAUGAAGGCCAACGGGUCUCGGUAUGGGUUUGUGACGUUUGAGAAGCCGCAGCAUGCGUACGAUGCAAUUGAUGCUCGCGGAACUGAUCCCAACCUGCGCAAUUAUGACGUCAGCUUCGGCGGACGCCGUGCGUUCUGUCGCACACAGUAUGCUGAUUUGGACGGAGAACUGUCCAACGACCACGAUCAUCAGAUGCCGUACGUGACGCUCGAUGGAGCACUGUUGCUGCCGGCCAGAGGUCCACUACCGUACAGUGUCCCUGCCAUGUGCCACAAAGAACCGACGUACGGCGGUGGCGGUGGUGGUGGUGGUGGCGGUGGCGUCGGCGCCAUCGGAAGCGGUGGCGGUGCUGGUGAAAGCUUCGACGACUUGCUGAAGAAGUUUAAGAAAGAGAUAUGUGCGCGGAAAACUUGACCUCACUGCCGCUGGCUAAGCAGGAGGGCGUCAGGUGAUGGCAGUUGGGUAGAUUUACGAAUCGAUGGGAAAGCCAUCAUCGAGCAGCAGACAGCCAUUGGGAGGGAACGAACGAUCGUGUAUCAGCAACAGCGGCGGCAACAAAAACGGCAGCAAUGGUUUCAGAACGAUGGAACCGAAGUGUUGUUAGGAAGUUGUUUCCUUCAUUCUACCUCAUGUUUCACAAUAAUAAGAUUUUCAGUGCAUGUGGCCACGGUUAUCUGUUGAUUCGGGAUCCGCAUCCGCUUUUUACCAAAACCAUUUGGUAAAGCAGUAAUGGCAACAUAUAGGAUAGGACUUGCAAAAGGAAACUGUGUGUGUGUGUUUCUCACUCACCAAGCAGCAGUAGCAGCAGCAUACCAAUCUGAAAGGGCAAACACCACUUAGGCUGACAAAAGAAAAUUAAAAAUAAUAAUAUCUGUGAUUGUUUCAGUGAACAUCCGGUCGUUCUGUGAGAAUGUAAAGUCGGCGGGCUGCUCUGAAAUGAAAAAGAUUCUAAGUUUACGCGCAAGAAAAGAGCAGGUUACCGCAAUCCUCUCUACCACUCCACAUACACGCUAUGCAGAAGUUCUUUCAUAACUUAUCUCUCUUUUACGUGAUCAACCAUGCUUGUUUGAGCGCCUUUUGAUAGCUUAUCAAGCAGAACUGACUGGUUAUUUUGUGUGCGAUAAACAUGUAACUAUCUUUGUUUUUGUUGGUAUCACCACUGCCACCAAACCAUGCACCCCCGCUCUUCUCACAAGCCCCACUCACUGGCCGGGAACGCUCUGAGCAGUUAGUUAAGACACGCAAGCCACGCUUCUCUCUCUAUCUUUCUUUUAAUGACGCAAAUCAUUUUGUUGGUUUUGCUACAAAUUCAAGUUCGCUAAUAGAGAGCGACGUUUAGCAAUGGUUAGGGAACAAAUCCCGCAGAAACAGUCAGUCAGUCGGUCAUUAGUUUUGUAGCAGAAAGUGGUAGUCAUAGUCAGCCAUCAGCAUUCGCUUGGUGCACCUGUAGGACGUGAAGCGCACGCAUAAAGACAACAUGUGUGGUUAGGCAUUUUUUUUUAAUUUCUUCGUUUUAAACCAACGCGUUUGAACGAAUUGCAAUAUUGUGGAAGCAAACAGAAGGAUAGUAAGGUAAAAUUGUGUAAUAUUUUUAUGCUCCUCGGUGCGAUUACGCGAUUACGCACACAGGAUACACACUAUUUGUUUUGUUUUUUCUUUCUUUCUUUGUAAGCUACGUUUAUUACACAGUGGAAUACAAAUAUCUUAAUCUUUCGUAAACCCUAGAUCGUGUUUUGCAUAUUUGUUUCAAUUGUUCCGUUUUGUAUAUUGUGUAGAUUGUGUAGGAUUAUGUAGGAUUAUGUUGGAAACCCGGAAGAAUAAACGAACGAUAACAUAACAUAAA